AUGAUGAUAGUUGUGUCGGCUACAAUAGAGCCGAUUAAAUAUGGCUUGGAAGAGGUGAGGGACUUUGAGGCCGAAGCAGCUGUCACGGGACUCUAUGUGAUGUCAAUUAUACUUGUGCUGAUGUUUCUCACAAAAUUCUGCUUCGAUAUCGUCUUCAUAUAUGGCGUAAUCACUGAAAAGCCUACUAUCAUCAGAUCCUAUUUCUUCAUGUGGGUGGUUUUCUUUCUGCUAUCUAUGUUCACAUUCUUCCUCAACGCCAGACAUUACGACUAUGGAACCAUUUGUAUGGAGGUCUUCUAUAUAAGUCUCAACCUUUAUGCCAUCCUGCUGAGUCACAGCUUCUAUAAACAACUUAAUACUAGAGAAGAAGUAUAA